CACACGCCUCUCGAUGCUCUUUUCCACAUGACAAGUAAAACCUUCGAGGCGAAUAAUACUGACAAUGGAGAUGGUCAGUCCAAUCACCUUAACCUGUUUAACUCGAGGCCUCAACCAAAAAAGAAACGAAAAUCCAGGACUGCGUUCACAAACCACCAAAUUUUCGAACUUGAGAAACGUUUUCUCUAUCAAAAGUAUCUAUCACCAGCAGAUAGGGAUGAAAUUGCCAGUUCUCUUGGUCUCUCUAACGCACAAGUAAUUACAUGGUUCCAAAAUAGGCGAGCGAAGUUGAAGCGCGAUAUGGAGGAAUUAAAAAAAGAUGUCGAAAGCGCUAAAGUCCUUUCAGCGCAUAAAACCUUCUUGGAGAACGUGACAGAUUUGGGGAUACUAAAAAAGAAGGCGAUGAGCAUAGGUGCGAGCGAAGAGGCCGCGACUAAUUUAGUCGUGAACGCGUCCAAAUGA